UGCACGCGACUGUGUCUAACGAGCGCGACUCGGCUUAAAAGGUGCAACCGACAUGUAAACCGUGUGCACGAAGAACUGCUCUACGUCAAACCGCGAAGUGACGGGACUGUAAUUAAUAAUGCCGAAUUUCGGCCGAGGGAGGUAAUUAAUUUUCGGGAUGACGGCACUGUGAAGGGAUAUUAUUUGAGUUGUAAAAUCGAGAAUUACCCAAGGAGAAAGAGAGAUAGUUUCCGGGUGAAGGCGGUCAAAAACAGACGGAAGAAGCUGAUUGUGCUAGACGUCUGACAAUGCCCUUUGGAUGCUUGAAGGAUAACGAAGCCUUUGUGGGUAAUAAAUAACGAGAUGCUCUGAAAUUGACCGCAUACAAUUCCAUUGUAAACAUGAUCCCUGAAAAAAUGGAUGCUGCGAAUGCUUCCAUUUUCAACAAUUCCACCAAAAAUUCGACGGACUCGAGUCUUCUUAAUGUCAACCAGUCUGCUGAACAUUUUAUGCUACUCUUCGAAGACAUCGACCAGUACUUCAAUCAUCUCAAUUUGUCCAACGAUACGGAUUACACCAGUUACGACAGGCAAUUUGUAAAUUGCAGUUUCAACAACACUAACACUUCGUGCUUCGCCCACCUACCAGAGUCCUACUCCCAUCGCAACUAUUGGGCUUUGGUACUAGUCCUCUUCCCAAUUUUCACGCUGUUCGGCAACGUUCUUGUGAUACUCAGUGUGUACAGGGAGCGAACUCUGCAAUCCGCUACUAACUACUUUAUUGUCAGCUUAGCUUUGGCCGACCUUCUUGUGGCAGUUGUCGUAAUGCCCUUCGCUGUCUACGUUCUGGUAAACGGAGCCUGGACACUACCCGGUUUUGUUUGUGAUUUCUACAUAGCAAUGGACGUCACAUGCUCAACAUCCUCCAUAUUUAACCUUGUCGCGAUCUCAAUAGAUAGAUACAUAGCCGUGACACAGCCGAUAAAAUACGCCAAACACAAGAACAACCGACGUGUGUGGUUGACGAUCGCAUUGGUGUGGAUGAUAUCGGCCGCCAUAGGAUCUCCAAUCGUCUUAGGCUUGAAUAAUACGCCUGAUCGUGUCGCAGAUGCGUGCCUAUUCUACAAUAGCGAUUUUAUCAUUUACUCGAGCCUUUCCUCUUUCUACAUCCCUUGUAUCAUCAUGGUGUUCCUUUAUUAUAAUAUAUUUAAGGCGUUAAGGAACCGGGCGAUCCAGGCACGUCUAAACCGCAAACCGCUGCCUGCCGAAAUCAAGCCCGGAUCUGUGAUAGAGAACGUGGCAAAUACAAGAAGGUUGGCCGAAACGACCCUCGGUCCAUCUACCAUCGAAGAACAAGCGACAAACACAGGCUCUGGUUCAGGGGACGAAGACGAGGAUGUUGCAGAGGCCGACUGUCACGUCAUAUCAAACGACAAGAGUACUGAAUUCAUUUUAGCAACCGUAGUCGAAGAAGCCGCAGAACAGCGUAAAAACUCGAAGCCUAAUUACAAAGACAUAUCAAGCGUGGUAGCCAGCCUAGCGUCACCAGCGCCUCUAGCUGACCCAAACGGAAACAACGAUUCAGGGUACGCCCCAAGUCAACCUGACACCACAGCACCAGAGAGUCCUAAAAGGAAUCGAAAUCAGUCCAAGAGAAACGGCGCACCUCUAGACACAGAACUUAGAACAGUGGUAUCAACAAUAAAUACGGGAUCAGGAAGAGACAGAUCUACAGGGUCCAAAAAAGAACGAAAAGCAACGGCGGCGGCCCGAUUUACCAUAUAUAAAGUUAACAAGGCCAGCCGCAAAAAGCGGGAGAAAUCAUCCGCCAAGAAAGAGAGAAAAGCCACGAAAACAUUAGCUAUUGUCCUGGGAGUGUUCCUCAUAUGUUGGGUGCCAUUCUUCACAUGCAAUAUCAUGGACGCGAUGUGCAGUAAGCUCAAUUUGCCCUGUCAGCCGGGGGUGGCGGCAUUCCUUCUCACCACUUGGUUAGGAUACAUGAACAGUUUUGUAAAUCCAGUCAUAUAUACUAUAUUCAAUCCGGAGUUUAGGAAAGCCUUUAAGAAAUUAAUGUUCCUCGGGCCUUAAUUUAAUUCUUAGGUUUGUAAGUAGUUAGUAUGUUCAGUUCGAACUCUUUUAUAUAUAAAGAUUUCUCUUGCUCAAUGUACAUAAACGAUGUUCAAGAACAUGUAUUCCGGUAAUCCCAUAUUGAAUUUGUUUGCAGUUUUCUUUGCUCAAGCUUCAGCAUUAUUAUUAUCCUGUACCUGACGACUCAGCGAUUUAAUUUCUCAGUGUUUCUCUCAUUCAUCGUUCGUUAGGCGAAUAAGAAGAUAUUCCGAAUUUAUUAUAGACAUAUCAUCAAUUUUAAUUGAAGUAUUCAAAGCCCACGCAAAAACGAGCUUCAAUCAUUGAUAAUAAUUAGUGUUUUUGUAAACGUUGGCUCCCUUUCAACGGAGUCAAUCAAGUACUUUCAUUCCAAAUAUAUUCUGUGAUCGCUCUAAAAUUAGUCUAGAUUAAUUUUAAAGGAACGUUUGAUAUUGUUGAGUUUCUCGUUUUGUAAAUACCAGAUUUUACAGCUGCUGUAGAACAAUAUCAUUAAUAUCGCGCAGCAUCAGGACGAAACCGCGAGCGACGAUUAUGCAACCAACAUCUCAAGCAAGCGUUCAAACUGUUUCACCCUGAUGUAGUGUUAACUCUAAUCGACAUUGAUAUUACGUUGAUAUUUCUGUGUACAUAGAUGUAUAUAAUAAAAUUGCAAAUAAUUUCGGUGGUACAUUUUAAAUAUAAAAUCAGUAUUAGCUCUUAACUUGCAGUAAUAUGUCCUGUGUGAGCCAAAGCAAUAUUUGUAAAAGUGUGUGUGUUUGCAGCCGUCGCUACAGGCACACUCUUUGAGCCCCAUUUUUACAAAAAUUUGCUCUGAUACUUCCAUCCCUUGUAAAAUCAAAGACCUUACGCUUAUUAUCAUAAUACUGUAAUAUAGGAUGUAUUAUAACUAGGUGCAUU